AAAUUUGUCACAUCAGUUUCAGGUCAAUGCCAAGACGACAAAGACAUUUUUAUGAAGCAAGGUUUUCGUCUCCACGGACAUGUGCUUGAAGCGUUCUGGGCACAGACAGUGGCUCUUUGCAGGAUCAAAUGCUACCUUGAGAAAAGGUGUUCAACAUACAAUUACGAAAGCGCAACACAACGCUGUGAGUUGAACAAAGCUGUCAUCUCUUCACAAUGGAAAGACCUUCGACGGAAUCAAGGCUUUGUCUACGUCGAUAUGAAGAAAACUACUACGACUCCAGUCGACCAAGUUCUAUGCAAGCAGUCUGUGGCUGUUGGAAUCCAAAACAAUUCCAUUAUCUCAAAAUACUACUUUACGAUAGAUAAGGAUUCGUACUAUGGAGAUCAGGCGAGACUUAACGGCCCGGGAGGCUGGUAUUCAAACAACAGGAACAAAUACCAUUGGCUAAAAAUAAAUCUUGGCAAGAUUGCAAUGAUAACCCGUAUUGCAACACAAGGUCAUCAUAAGUAUCACCAAUGGGUUACAUCGUACAGUCUCGCUACCAGCACCAAUGGUAGCACCCCUUAUACAUCAUACAACAAUGGACAAGUAUUCCCAGCAAACAAAGAUGCAAACACUAUUGURUACAACGAUCUUAAACCAGCCAUUAAAGCAAGAUAUGUGAAAGUGUAUCCCAAGACAUGGCGCAAAGCAGUAGGAUUGAGGAUGGAGAUUUAUGAAUGUAAAGAAUACGAAGAGACAUGUUCACAUGCACUKGGAAUGCAAAGCCAGCUCAUCAAAGACAAACAAGUGACUGCSUCGUCAUAUUACACGGCUGCUGUUACAUUCGAGCCUUCAAAAUCCAGACUGAACCAUUCUAAAGCGUGGGUGUCACAAUAUAACGAAAAUCAAUGGCUACAAAUCGAUUUAUUGUCAAUCAAGAAGAUCACUGGUAUYGCGACGCAGGGGCACAGUAGCUGGGUGAACCACUGGGUGAGAGAAUUUCUUGUUCAAUACCUAAACUCUAGCAGUGGGUUGUUUAUUGAUUAUUUGAACGGGAGUAAAACUUUCAUGGGAAAUAAAGAUCAUAACAGCAUAGUUUAUAACGCCAUUGAUCCUCCUAUUGUUGCGUCCGUCGUACGAAUCAAACCAUCACUAUGGAACGAAAAGGGCAGAGUUGCAAUGAGGGUUGAGCUAUAUGGAUGCAGCGAGAACAGUAGCAACUCAGUACCAUGCACAGAACCGCUAGGGAUGCAAAGUGGGCUUAUCAAUGACUCUCAGMUCACGGCCUCUUCAUAUUACMAUCGACAWUACAAGCGAGGSCCAUGGCAAGCGAGACUUGACUAUGAACGUGGUUGGAUAGCUAAACAUCCUGCUGUUCCAAAUACGUGGCUACAAAUCGUUUUCGAUAAAGUGAUGAAGAUAGCAGGYAUUUCAACGCAAGGCAACAAGARCUGGAACGCCUGGGUCAAGAGGUAUACCGUCCAGUACAGCAACAGUACCAYGAACGUUACUGACUUUAAAGAAGGGAAUGCAACUAAAAUAUUCGAGGGAAAUAGUGAAAAYAAAAACAUCGUSUACAAUGCCAUCAGCCCUCCUAUCAUCGCCAAUGUUGUCCGUAUUGUUCCAACUAAAUGGAAAUGGAAAUGGAUUACAAUGAAAAUAGAAUUGUAUGGUUGUCACCAUUUGGAAUGAAACUUAAAGACGAAAUCUAAAAGAGUCUCUCUGUAAUCUAUCUGCUGUAGACUACACUGACUGAUAGACUGCUAGAAUCUUAUUUAGAACAGAUCUUUAAGAAUCAAGCAGGGCACGGAUCUAGAAUUUUUUCAUGAAGGGGUGAAGGUUGAGGUGUGGUCACUGAAGGAGAAGGUGCACGCCUUGGAGUCAAGAGAUGAAUCCACUGUCAAAUGACGUGCUAUCAAAACUUUUAUAAAUCUGUACAGACUUUUAAAUUCAAUUGAUCAUGCGAAAACAUUAGAAAAGCAUGGAUUCUCUCCAAUGUAUCAUUUUUGACAACAAUUAAAUAGGAGUGCGUUAAAUAUAUCAGUUUGCGAACUGCCAUAAAAAUGCGCUCAUCCACACGUAUUUAUUCCGAAAUCUCGACAUCACUUGUAAAAUGUUGAACAGAAAAGUUUAAAGCACUUUUAAGUAUUUCGCGUUAAUGUUUUUUUUUAUUAAGUGCGUCUAUUUUGAACAAAUUUGUUCACAAUAAACUGGCCCACGACUGAGUCAACGCACGCGCCAGAUUCCGCACAUGACCCAAGCUUUAUAAUAAAAUGUGUUGUUUUGUUAAAUAAAGAAAGGA